GGAUAUAUGGCAUCACGGAUCAGAAAUUCUCCUCUCGCACGGCUAUGUGUAUCCAAGCUCAGGAAUCCAGGCUUCUCUGGAGAGCAGCACAUUCUUAGACGUGUACGACCAUUUUCAAGUACACGUACAUCUGGCCAGGCAAGCGAGACAGCACCAACCCAUGCAUUCUCGAAUGGCAAAAAUCUCGGAAGCAUUUCGCUGAAGAAGAACGGCAUCUACCUGGACAACAAGCUGCGCAUCACACCUUUCGCAGACCUUGAAGUCAAGGAACGCCCUGGCAGCGAGUCUCUACGCUGGGACGGAGAGAGACUAUAUUUCGAGAAUGCGGAUGGCGAAGACCGUACCUACGUCCAACUUAUGGCUGAGGUUAGAAACGUAUCAACAAAAUGGUCUGAAUUUGAGUUAACAAGUAACAGAGAUCAGUGUCCCUGUUAUGAAUGUGUCCAUCCCGAUACUCGACAGAGACAGCUUGACACGUUUUCGAUUGAUCCUAGCAUCAAGCCUACCAAACUCAAUAUUCAGACCAAGGAAAAACAGACGAUACAGAUUGAGUGCNAGGUCAUGUUUGACAAAACGAUCGCGGCUCAACCACCUACAGUCGACUACAAGAGCAUCAUGGAAGCCGAUGGUAUCGCCGAAUGGACUCGUCAGAUCAACGUACAUGGAUUGUCAUUCGUCAAGAACUGCCCAAUUGAUCCCGAGGCAACACAGAAGCUGCUAGAGAAGAUUGGGCCCAUCCGUGAAACCCAUUAUGGUGGUUUCUACGACUUCACGUCGAACAUGGCAAGUAAAGAUACUGCUUAUACAUCAUUGGCACUUGAGGCGCAUACGGACACGACAUACUUCUCUGAACCAGCGGGACUCCAGAUGUUUCACAUGCUCUCCCAUACUGACGGAUCUGGUGGUGAGUCUUUGCUAGUGGAUGGAUUUGCAGCAGCGAGACAACUUUAUGCCGAAGACAAAGAGGCAUACAGGAUCCUCAGUACUGUGGGCAUCUGGGCACAUGCGAGUGGCAAUGAGGAUGUCAGCAUCCAGCCUUACGUUUGUGUCCCUGUACUUUCUCACGAUCCUGUCUUGGGUCACCUGGUCCAAGUAAGAUGGAACAAUUCAGAUCGAGCGGCUAUCGAAGCGCCUAGCGACAUGAUCGACAAGUGGUAUGAGGCCGCCAGGAAAUUCAACGGUAUCCUGAACGACCCACAAAACCAGUAUUGGACACAACUUGAACCAGGCAUGCCGUUGAAUGGACAGNUUUUUGACAACUGGCGAGUGUUGCACGGAAGAAGCGUAUUCACAGGCAAGAGACGAAUGGCCGGAGGUUACAGUGAGUAA